GUAUGUCAAUAAAACACAUAAUAGCAGUAGAGUAGUCAUCUCCUCGCAACCAAAGCAACACCCUCCAAGAACCACCAAAAAUGGCUGCUGAGAGCUCCUCCGCCGCCCCACGAGAAUACCCCAUCAAAACGGUGGUGGUUCUGGUCCAAGAAAACCGUUCAUUCGAUCACAUGCUAGGCUGGCUGAAGACUCUCAACCCAGAAAUCGAUGGCGUAACAGGAUCCGAAUCCAACCCCAUCUCCACCUCCGACUCCAACUCAUCCCUCAUCUUCUACGGAGACAACGCUGUAUACGUCGACCCUGAUCCUGGCCACUCCAUCGAAGCCAUUUACGAGCAGGUGUUCGGUGUUGAAUGGACAGAAGCCGCACUUACUAGCGAGAACACUCUGACACCGAAAAUGAAUGGGUUCGCUCAGAACGCGGAGCGUAUUAAGCAGGGAAUGGCGAAGACAGUAAUGAACGGAUUUAAACCGGAGGCCCUACCGGUUUAUAAGGAGUUGGCGAUGAAUUUCGCAAUAUGUGAUCGGUGGUUUGCUUCAAUUCCGUCUUUGACGCAGCCGAAUAGGUUGUACGUGCAUUCUGCUACUUCGCAUGGGGCGACGAGUAAUGACACAAAGUUGCUGGCAGAAGGGUAUCCGCAGAAGACCAUAUUUGAGUCGAUUGAUGAGUCUGGUUUUACCUUUGGGAUUUAUUAUCAACACCCUCCUUCUACUCUGUUCUACAGGAAUCUUAGAAAGUUGAAGUACCUGAAGAACUUCCACCAGUUUGAUCUGCACUUUAAGAAGCACUGUGAGGAAGGGAAGCUACCAAACUAUGUGGUGAUUGAACCAAGGUAUUUCGACCUUUUAAACAUACCUGCAAACGAUGACCAUCCUUCACACAAUGUCUCUGAAGGCCAGAAAUUUGGGAAAGAAGUCUAUGAAGCUCUGAGAGCUAGCCCCCAGUGGAAUGAAAUGCUCUUCAUAAUCAUAUAUGAUGAAAAUGGUGGUUACUUUGAUCAUGUUCCAACUCCUGUAACAGGGGUCCCUAGUCCUGAUGAUAUUGUUGGUCCUGCUCCAUAUUUCUUCAAGUUUGAUCGCCUCGGUGUCAGGGUUCCAGCCUUUCUAAUAUCUCCUUGGAUUGAACCUGGAACAGUACUACACGAACCUUCAGGACCAGAACCUACAUCACAGUAUGAACAUUCCUCCAUCGCAGCAACAGUUAAAAAACUUUUCAAUCUAAAAGAGUUUCUGACCAAGCGGGAUGCAUGGGCCGGCACUUUUGAGGGUGUUUUGACUAGAACUAGCCCAAGAACAGAUUGUCCAGUUACAUUGCCAGAACCUGUGAGACUGCGCGAAUUUAACGCGAAUGAAGAGGCAAAUCUUAGUGAAUUCCAAGAAGAACUAGUACAAAUGGCAGCAGUAUUGAACGGAGAUCAUAAGAAUGACAUUUAUCCUCAAAGACUUGUGGAGGGCAUGACAGUUUCACAAGCUGCAAAGUAUGUAGAGAAUGCCUACAAGAAAUUCUGUGAAGAAUGUGAGAAAGCCAGGGAAAGUGGAGUAGAUGAAUCCGAGGUCAUUGUUUUACCCAAGCUACCUACCAACACAACCUCCAAGUCUUUCAUUGAGAAGUUGUUUUCUUGCUUGAUCUGUGAUAAUUGACACUUCAAUUAUUUCAUUGAAUAUUUUCCAAAUCGAGUAUUUUCGCUGGUCUAGUCAUUUGAGUAAAUGUUCAGUUUGCAUUAA